AUGAACAACCAGUACGCCCGCCGGGAGGUCUUCUGCCGGAACACCUGCCGCGAGCUCAGACGCUUCUGGGAAAGGGAGAUCGGCAAACAGACUUACUACCGCGAGUCAGAGGAACACCGCUUGGGGAGAAGUGCCCUGAGAAAGCUCAGAGAAGAAUGGAAGCAGAAACUGGAAACAAAGCUGAGACUGCGGAACAAUCCAGAUGAGACUGAAAAGCGGGCCAGUGUUGGCCGAGAGCUUCUUGCUUCAUUGACACAGGAGAAUACAAACCACUGA